AUGCUUGUGCAGCCAUAUCCUGAUCCUGGAACUGCAGAGCCGGGGGUAGACUUUGUCGUCAUUCCAGGGAUCUGGAACGAGAACACGCCAGGUAGAGUGAAGGGCAGCUGUGCUUGGGUCAAGCCCCUUGAGGAAUCUGCAGCUGGAAACGUCCGGGUGUUCUUGUUCGUCUACCAGCUGGAAGUGGAUGGGUCUUCUCUUUGGGAUCAACUUCUGAAUCAGAGCUCGGCCCUGCUCUCAGGUCUGGAGGAGCACCGCUCCGUUCCCACACACGGUAGCUUGCGUCAAGCAUACCAAGAUGCCACGGCCGGGAUAAUAUUCUUGGGCACUCCGCACCUGGUCACCGACACGUGUGCUGGAUGGGGGAUAUCCCGGUCGCUAAUGCGGGCGAGCCGGAGGGAUAUUGAGAAGGACAACAUGGACGACUCGGAGCGGAAGAGCAUCAUCACCACGUGUCAGAAAUUUGAAGGCGUCUAUCUCGACACACCGAUACUGUCUGUUUACGAGCAGCGAGAGACAAAGGCUUCGUGGCACCUGCGCAAGGUUCUGCUCUUUAAGAAUUCGAGGGUCGAGACGGAAAUGGCGAGUAGUAUCGCUGAUUCUGACAAUGCUUUUAUGUCUUAG